CCGGCUGUCGGGCUGGCCGCUGCGUGCGUUUUGUCGCCCUCCGUAUUAGAUAUUGGAGCAAAAGUACAGAGAAGAGCGAGAGAGAAAGAGAGCGUGCGGCGGAUAGCCCGAGCGACGGCGACAGACACACGCACACGUAGCGCCGCCGCCGCCGCCGCCGCCGCCGCCGCCGUCGAGUGCGUGUAGGUGUAGACCACGAUGUACUAGUGGAGAGCGCCUCGUCGGUGUGCGGCAGUGCGGCGAAGGGUCGGCCAUUUUACGUCGCGGUAGUAUGACGUAGCGGGCCUGGGUGUAACAGUGGCAUCGUGGACUGGCUACCGAUGGCUGUAUAUCUAUAUAUACAUCUCUGGUUUUCAACGGUCCGCCUGGCAAAUGGUGAGAAGACAGAUAUAUAGGCGCGCGCACGUAUAGCACACAUGGGCCCGCCGCAGCAGAGUAUAGAGCAAGAGGGAAAAUCGGCAGCAGUAUAAGUAGCAGCAUAGCGCUAAUAUAACGGCGGUGUUGUAUGCGGUGGAUUGGAUAGCUGCGCUGGACACGCACGCGAGAGCGGAAUAUAGGAAUAGAGCGAGACAGACGGGACAGGAGAGACGACUAGAUUUGCAGCUACUCACGCAGAAACGGAGCAACGGCGCGAGGAAAAGGAGUCUAUAAAACAUAGAACUCCCUCCCAGGAACGCGAGAACGAGUUCGACGACUCAUACCGAGCGCCCGUAGCGUGAGCCAGAGAGAGACAGACGGAGAAGCAGCAGGCGCAAGAGAGAGAGCGAGAGAGAUAAAGAAAGGUGGCCGCUGCUGUGCUGCCUCGUCUCUCGCCGCGCCGGCCAGCCGCAGCAGCAAAGGGGAGCGCGCAAGCAGCAGCAGCAAGAGAGAGAGAGAGCGAGCUUGCGCGUUUUUCCUCUCUCCCUCUCUCUCCCGGAAGGAAGAGAGCAGCCAGGGCGCUCUUCCGAGGACGAGGUAAGGGUGAGAGAGCGACGUUGCGUCGAGGAAGCUCGAGGUGUGUGUGUGCGUGAAUCAACGGCGACAGCAGUAGAGUACGGCAGCUGAAGUAGUGUAGCAGCAGCAGUAGUAACAGCAGCCAUGAGCAUGAGCGAGGAGAGCAAUCCGCGUACGCUGUACGUGGGCAACCUCGACGUCAGCGUGUCCGAGGAUCUGCUCUGCGCCCUCUUCUCGCAGAUCGGACAGGUCAAGGGAUGCAAGAUAAUCCGCGAGGCCGGCAACGAUCCUUAUGCUUUCGUCGAGUUCACGAACCACCAGUGCGCGGCUACGGCCCUCGCCGCCAUGAACAAGCGCGUCUUCCUCAACAAGGAGAUGAAGGUUAACUGGGCCACGAGUCCGGGCAAUCAGCCCAAGCUCGACACGAGCAAUCACCACCACAUAUUCGUGGGCGACCUGUCGCCCGAAAUCGAGACGCAGACGCUUCGGGAGGCCUUCACGCCCUUCGGCGAAAUCAGCAACUGCAGGAUUGUGCGCGACCCCCAGACGCUCAAGAGCAAGGGUUAUGCCUUCGUGUCAUUCGUCAAGAAGAGCGACGCCGAGGCGGCGAUCGCCGCGAUGAACGGUCAGUGGCUUGGCUCGCGCAGCAUCCGGACCAACUGGUCGACGAGGAAGCCUCCACCGCCGCGCUCGGACAGGCCCAGGCAUGCGGCCAACAGCAAACCCAACUACGAGGAGGUAUACAACCAAAGCAGCCCAACCAAUUGCACUGUCUAUUGUGGUGGAUUCACAAAUGGCAUUACAGAAGAUUUGAUAACAAAGACCUUCUCACCUUUUGGUACUAUUCAAGAUAUAAGAGUAUUUAAGGAUAAAGGUUAUGCUUUUAUCAAAUUUACUACAAAAGAAGCAGCAACACAUGCCAUAGAAAGAACGCAUAAUACAGAAAUUAACGGCAGUGUCGUUAAAUGUUUCUGGGGCAAGGAAAAUGGUGAUCCAAACAGUGUUGGACCUAACGCAAACCAACAAGCUCAACAGGCCACAUCAGGAGCAGGACAAUAUGCUUAUGGAUAUGGUCAACAAAUGAGCUAUUGGUAUCCGCAGAGUUAUCCUCAGAUGCAGGGACAGUUUCUGCAGCCAGCUCAGUACUAUGGUCAAUAUUAUGGUCAACAGCAGGCUCAGUACAUGAAUAGCAUGCGAAUGCCAACACCAGCAGGUGGCACGUGGCAGCCAGGUCAGGGUGGUACAGCACAACCAACACCUGCUGCACCUUUACCACCAGGACAGCAGCCAAUGGUAACAUACACCAUGCCACCACAGUAUCCCACGCAAUGAAAGAGGACGAUCGACAAUUUAUAAAAAAAAAAACAAACAAAAAAACAACAGCAUCAAUAAGUAAAAAGGAAUGACAGCUGAAAGUUCUGUACGCAACACUUGACAAGGGUUUCUCUCGAAAAUAGACUACGAUAUAUACUGGCGAUCUUUGAUUGUAAAAUCAAUUAUUUGUAUUAAUUUUUACAAUCACUACAGUAUAACACACACACACACACACACACAUGUACGCGUACACACAUGCGCACACUUACACCUAAUACACAUGUAAUUAAUUAUAUUUGUACAUUUUCUCGAGCAAACAAACAUUCAGAUUCAAAAUAAUACUCUUGUUGAUUGAAUUAGAGUGCAGUUUACAUUUUUCUAUAGAUAAACGUUAAAAAAGCAGGUGUCAAUCAUCUAAUUUUGCUAAAACGUAGGGGAUAGAAAUGCAAAGAGUAGAUCGAGUUUUUGCAUUUCAUAAAAAAAAGAAAACUAAAAAAAUUACAAGGUAUAUAUUUUCAUCUAUCUUCGAGGUCCCUAUAGAGCCCUGCAUUCGUCAUACGGCGUGUACCCAGUAUGUACGCGUACGAUAUGACUAUUGCGAUUGUUGUAUUUUUUAAUAUUGCUCCUCUUUUCUUUGUUUCCUGCUCCGCAAUGUCCCUACCUAUGACAUCUUUUGAAAUACUAAUUUUUCUUAGUUCAGUCGUGUUGUCAAAUAGACAUUUUGUGACUUGAGUGUUUGGAUAAUCAUGAUAAAAAAAUCAUGAUAUCUAUCUAUGCGUAACUGUAAGGUAGAGAAGAUGAUAGCUAGACACAGCGCCUGUGAUUUAGCUAGAACUUUUUGAAAGCACGCUGUUGAAGUACGUAUGCAGGGCCCUCGUCAAGCGUAAACAUUAACACUACGAUGUUUACGCUUAUGAACUUACCUUCGCUUUGCGACUUUAUCGCCAGUGGCUGAGCGACAAAUUUAACCAUGAAUUUUUUUAUAAAAUCUAACAAAUGACAACAAAAAAAUUAGAAAAAGUGAAAUUAAAGAUACCUUCUUGAUAAAUAUAAAAAUAAAAAUUUAUAGAUCUUUUGUCGUGAUUUAAUAAUUCCUUCGGUCCAAAAUAUUUGCCGGCUUCAUCAGGAUAAGAAUAAAAGAUGUUUAGCUAGUAUGUAUCAAUUAAAAUCUAUUUGGUAAAUAUAAGAAGGAAUGAGUAAAGAGAAGUUUUGUUGUAUUUUGUAUUUGUUUAGAUCAAAGGUCUUCCGUAAAAUAUAAAAGAAUGCUAAACAUUGUACAGCAAUAUAAACUGUUUUUAUAUUUUGCUUUACAGUAUGACGCCAAGUACUUAGUUUUUUUUAUUUCUAAAAUUCAUUCUAGAGAGUUUUAAUUACUUAAUCAAAGAAUCAAAAAAAGAAACAAAAAAGCUUGAAAUUUGAAUAAAGCCACUGGCGAUGAAAAUCUUUGUUAUUCCACAAAUUGGUGACAAAGCAAAUGUAAAAAAUAGCAAGGUUUAAAAAUUCAAAUUUUUAUAAUUUGAUGAAUUGUAAUGCAGAGCAAGGUAUGUCGAGUGAGAAAACAGGUGUAUGAGGUAUUUGAUUAUAAGAAAUGAACACUGAGUAAAAUAUGAAUCAGUAAAGUGAUGGAAGUGAAGAAUGUUAUAUACAGAUUAAUUUAGGUAUGGUAGGGCGCAAAACCCUCAACAAUGCUUAGGAUAAUGUUAUCUUAUAAUAAAAAAAAAGAAAAAAACAAAUUGUCCUUUAAAUGAGAAAAAGGAAUAAAUAUUUAAAAUACA